AUAUUUCUCCUUUCUUGCUCUGGUCUUCGUCCAAACUCCAUAUUUCGGAACUCUUGGGCAAAUAAAUUAUCAGCAAAUAUGGAUAAUCGGGCGGUUGAGGAGGGGGUUUCCCUCGAAGAAAGUCCUUGGUACACUUCGGUGACCUUCAUUGCCACCGUAUCCAUACUUUCCUUGACCCUACUCUUGCUUAUAAUUUAUCGGAAAAUGGUAGUGAUCCUCGUGAAGACAUUUCCCCGUGACUGCAGGGCGGUAGUGAGAUUCGCAAGAGUUAUAAAAACGCUAAAAAUUUUUGGCCUAAAAAAUAUGUCAGUCGGAAAAAUGUUUGACGAAAUAGUAAAGAAACAUCCAAACAAGGUUUGCUUCUAUUUCGAAGACCAAGAAUGGACUUUUGCCCAGGUUUCUGAUUAUGCAAACCGCGUGGCCAAUUAUUUCCAGUCUCAAGGGUUUAGAAAAGGCGAUUCUAUUGCUCUCUUCAUGAAUAAUCGACCGGAAUUUGUGGCUGUGUGGCUUGGACUUUCUAAAAUCGGAGUAAUGAGUUCAUUAAUAAACUUUAAUUUGCGUCUCAAACCUUUGCUCCAUUCAAUUGAAGUGGUCAACUCGAAGGCCAUAAUCUAUGGGCAUGAACUUUCUGAAGCCAUCCAAGAACUGAAAGACGAAGGAUUGCUUAAUCUGCCAAUAUACUGCUCUGGACAUUCUGGCAAAUCCAUCACAGUGGACAACUCAAUUGACAUGGAUGAAGCCAUAAAGAGGAAUUUAGGAACCAAUCCUGUGGUGAAAGAAGUUGUUGGCUUUCAUGAUAAUCUUGUCUACAUUUACACUUCGGGGACCACUGGGCUUCCGAAGGCCGCCCCUAUAAAACAUUCUAGGUUUUUCUUUAUGGGCGUCGGCGGACACAACUUGCAUGACCUGACCGAGUCUGAUAUCCAAUACACGGCGUUGCCUCUCUAUCACUCGGCUGGUGGAAUUCUUGGCAUUGGCCAAGCCCUGAUUUAUGGUACAUCAAUCGUCAUCAAAAAGAAAUUUUCUGCCUCCAGUUGGUGGAAGGACUGCAUUCGCUAUAAGGUGACGGUCUGCCAAUACAUCGGAGAAAUCUGUAGGUAUUUGUAUUCACAACCUCCAUCUCCAGAAGAUAAGCAGCAUCGAGUGCGUAUCAUGUAUGGGAAUGGACUCAGGUCCGAGAUAUGGGCCAGCUUCGUCCAACGAUUCGGAGUCAAGCGUAUUGGAGAGUUGUACGGCUCGACGGAAGGAAACUGCAAUGUUGUGAAUAUCGACAGUAAAGUUGGAGCGGUUGGAUUUUUCCCACGCUUCGCCUACCCUCUUCUGCCCACCUCUUUGGUCAAAGUGAAUGAGGAAACUGGAGAAAUACUCAGGCAUCCUAAAACAAAUCGGGUUAUUGCAUGCAAACCAAAUGAAGCUGGUGAACUGAUAGGAAAAAUUAUCGCUGGGAAUCCUUUAAGAGACUUUCAAGGGUAUGCUGAUCCUGCAGCAAGGGAAAAUAAAAUUAUUCGUGACGCUUACCGAAAAGGAGACGCCUGGUUCAGAAGUGGCGAUAUUUUAGUCAUGGACGAAUUCGGUUACUUCUACUUCCGGGACCGUACUGGAGACACUUUCAGGUGGAAAGGCGAAAACUGUUCCACCGCCGAGGUCGAAUCCGUGGUUAGCAAUGUCUGUGGAUUGAGGGACGCUGUGGUGUACGGGGUCGAAAUUCCGGGAAAUGAAGGAAGAUGCGGCAUGGUUUCGAUAGCAGAUCCGAACAGUGACUUGGACAUGGAUGCUUUGGCCAGUAAGGUGACAAAAAGUCUCCCAGUUUAUGCAAGGCCUCUUUUCGUAAGAACUAUGCAUGAAGUAGAACUAACAGGAACGUACAAACUUCGAAAAGUCGAUUUGCAGAAGGAAGGAUUUGAUAUCAACAAAAUUAAAGACAAUAUUUAUUUCCUCUCAAAUCACAAAUACGUAAAUCUAGAGCAUGACUUAUUCAAUAAGCUCGUAUCUGGUCAAGUAAGACUUUAACUAAUAGAAUUUGUUAUUGAAGUGAUAAUACUAACAAAAAAAUCUGAAAAAUAAAGACGAAUUGAUUUUAUCUACAGACAAA